CUGAAACCCAUUCAGCUCUGUAAAGCAUCUAGCAAUGGUGCACAGAAUUUGCUUCAUAGGAAACAGCAUCUCAGAGCUUUGCUGCCUCAGAUCACACAUAUCUUCAGACUGACCAGAAGAUUUUGUAUUAAACGGGUGCCUAGAAUCAUGAAUAGAGAAGUCAACAGGAAAACUAUAGUAGAACGACUAACAGAUCUGAAAAACAGGAAGCUAACUUUGCCAAUGAAUAAAUCUUGGCCAAACAUGAAUGCAGCAAGUAAGCUAGAGUUAAACCACAGAGAAGACAAGAGCAGAAAUAUUCCUGGAAAAACAUCUGAUUUUGAUAAAGAUUUUGCAAAAGUGGGUGAGGAUGAAUCAGAACAUUCACGCGACGUACCUGAUGAAGAACAGUAUCCCUAUGAUACUGUAAAAACUUCCAGCUUGGAGGCAAUGCAUGCUUUGAAAAUUUUGCCUGCCAAACCAAUACAAGAAUCUGAGUAUGCAGAUCAACGGUAUUUAGGAAAUUCAGCUACUACUCACAUUUCUAGAAACACUAAAUCCUCUAUCAUCAUCCAGCCAAAGUCCUCUGACUCCCCUCGAGACUUAGGCCAAUGCAGAUAUCUUUCAGAGGAGAGCAGAGUCCCAAACGUUAAAGGAGAAAAAGAAAAAGUAAUUGGAUCACAGCACCCUUUGCCCCCUCCAAGGCCUCUUAAGACACUUCCAAAGAAAUAUCAGCCACUUCCCCCAGAACCGGAGAGAAGCAACCAGCUGUCUCAAACAAGGAAAAUAUGUAGUCAGGCUCACACCUUUCCAAUGUCAGCAAAGAACACCAGCCACCUGGAGUUAAAUGAAGCACCUGGAAAAGGAAGAGAUAUCAGCAGGGAAGUUGAAUUAUCUUUCCAAACACGACAGCAAAAAACAAAAUAUCCUGCAUCCAGGUAGGAAUAUAAGAAUUGCAUGAGC